AUGAGGCAGGUAUUUGCUGGAGUGGAACGAGAGGAAGUGGAUCUCGUGGGCAACCUGAAGGACUGGAACAGGGACGUCAGGAACAACCCCUGUUCCCUGUACUCCACUUUGAAGGUCUGGCAAGGGGAGGGCCAGCUGGAGAGAGAGCAGGAAAACCAAGACAGACUUCUUAGGCAAGUCACAGCCAACCACAGAUCGGUUAUGGAAGAGCCAGUCCAUACAUAUAAUACACUUGGAAACAUGUUUUAUGACUGCACAGACCUGGAUACUUCAAGACAAACACUGUAUAAGUGUGAUUCAUUUGAGAGGAGCUUGAAACAUAAUAUAAACCUAACUUUUGUAGUAGAGAUAUACAAGAAACACCCUAAUGACAAUUUUGGAUGUGGUAGAACACCUAGAGCUUCCUAUUGUAGCAAAAAAUUUCAUGAUGAAGUGACACACUGUGAAGAUGGUCAGCGAAAGACCACCAGCAAGAAACAGUCUCUUAUUCAAUUUGUGAAUGUUGAAACUGGGAAGACCUAUGCAUGUAUCACAUGUGGGGGACUUCUCUUUAAAAAUUGCAGUGCAUGUGGGAAAGCUUUCAGUGAGAAGUUUCACCUCAUUGUACACCAGAGAACUCAUACUGGAGAGAAGCCUUAUGAAUGUCCUGAAUGUGGAAAAGCCUUCUCUCAGAAGUCAUCUCUCAUUAUACAUCAGAGAGUUCACACGGGGGAGAAACCAUAUGCGUGUAGUGACUGCGGGAAAGCCUUCUCCCAGAAAUCACCCCUCAUUAUACAUCAGAGGAUCCACACUGGGGAGAAGCCUUACGAAUGCAGAGAGUGCGGCAAGGCCUUCUCCCAGAAGUCACAACUGAUUAUCCACCACAGGACUCACACUGGGGAGAAGCCCUAUGAGUGUGCCGAGUGCGGGAAAGCCUUCUGUGAGAAGUCCCACCUCAUCAUACACAGCAGGAUCCACACUGGAGAGAAACCCUGCAAGUGUGCUCAGUGUGCAGAGGCCUUCAGCAGGAAGACAGAACUCAUCACACAUCAGUUAGUUCACACUGGGGAGAAACCCUAUGCAUGUCCUGAGUGUGGGAAGGCCUUCUCCCGCAAGUCACAGCUCAUCAUCCACCAGAGAACACACACUGGAGAGAAAUCCUACAGGUGCAGUGAGUGCGGCAAGGCCUUCUGUCAGAAGUCGCAUCUCAUUGGACAUCAGAGAAUUCACAUGGGGGAAAAGCCUUACGUGUGCACUGAGUGUGGGAAAGCCUUCUCUCAGAAGUCCCACCUGCCAGGACACCAGCGCAUUCACACGGGAGAGAAGCCUUACAUCUGUGCUGAGUGUGGGAAGGCCUUUUCCCAGAAGUCAGACCUGGUUUUACAUCGGAGAAUUCAUACUGGGGAAAGACCCUAUGGGUGCACUGCGUGUGGGAAAGCCUUCAUCCAGAAGUCCCAGCUCACCGUGCACCAGAGAAUUCACAACAGUGGGAAAGCCUUAAUGAACUGA